AUGGCGGAGGCCAUCUUCUCGGCGGUAGUCGGCGACAUGGUGGGCAGGGUGAUCUCGCUUCUCGCCGGCCGCUUCAGCGUCCAACAGAGUGCCAGUGUCAAGCUGCAGAAGAUAAGUCGCAUGCUUGUCAGGAUUCACAGUGUGGUGGAGGAGGCCAAAGGGAGGCACAUCACGAACCAUGUUGCCCUCGAAUGGCUCUCGGAGCUCAACGACUGUGUGUACCAGGGUCGUUAUCUGCUCGACACGAUCAGGUGCGGAGAGCCGGAGCUCAAAGACGGGCAUGGUGACAAGGUACCAGCACAGCCUUUCUCUCUGUCCUUGUUUAAUCCUGCAAAGCGCGUGCGUGUCGCCACGAGCACCGUGAAGUGCAUACUGUCUCGCCAUGAUGCCGGUGUCGAUGAGAUCGACACAGUGCUAGAGAGCUUGCAAAGCAUAUCUGGUGAUCUCCGGGAGUUCAUGAUGCUCCUGCAAGGCUGCAAGCGGAUCCGCCGCCCUUUGGCUACCAACAUCUUUGUGGACGGGCAGAUGUUCGGCAGACAUGUCGAGAAAGAAAGGAUCAUCAACUUCUUGCUUGACAACAGCGGUCCAUGCAUCACGGGGAAACUGCCUCUGCUGCCAAUUGUUGGUGACAUUGGAGCUGGGAAAACUACCUUGGUGCAGCACGUCUGCGAUGAUGCCAGGCUGCGCAACCGCUUCCCAAUAAUCAUGCUGUUUAAUUUCUCAUCUACCUACGCUAUGGCGAUGGGUCGACCAACUGUUGUUCUGAAAUCCAAACAUGUUAUUGGAGGGUCUGGAAAGCUUAAUCAUCCGCUGCAAGUGCUCAACGAGAAUUUCCGCAAGAAGCGGUUCCUGAUGGUGUUCGAGGAUGUUGACAUGCACAGGAAGCAAAUGCUGGAGGAGCUCUUGCCAAGCCUGAGACACGGCAAACAGGGGAGCAAGAUCAUACUCACCACCAACAACAGGCGUGUCGCCGCUGGCAUGGGGACAGUGGAGCCAGUCAAGCUGAAGGUCUUGCCACACCCAGAGUACUGGUUCUUCUUCAAGGCGCAUGCCUUUGCUGCCACGGACAUUGAGGAGAACCUGAGGCUGCUGGCUGUAGGCAAAGCCAUUGCAAGGAAGCUAAAUGGAUCAUUCUUUGGCGCAAAGAUCGUCGGAGGGGUGCUGAAAGCCCAUCCAAAUCUACAGCUCUGGUGUAAGAUCCUAAGAAGCAAUAUUGGGGGCCUGUCCUUGUUGGGUGAUGGCCUUGGAUACAUUGCGGAUUUGGCAGAGAAUCUGCUGCCAAGUCAUGUAAAGAUGCGCCAGCUGAUUAUAUCCAAGAAACCGCUCUCCUCGACACAGCCUGAGUUUGCCAGGUUGCAUGAUAUGCUUCUGCCAAGCCCUGAUGCAGCAGCAGCAGACCAAGAAAGCUGGAGUGCAGAUGUUGGAAAUGCAAAAGUGUUGUUGUGCAGGUCAGUUAUGCCAUUCUUUUGCCUGGACUACAACGCUCAUUGCACUUUUUGUGCUGUUUUCUACUGUCCUUUCAUUUCUGCAUUGCAUCCUCUUAGAGACCUCUUCUUUUACUUGUUCCAAAUAGUCCUUCGGUAUAAAUGGUCGCCUGCUUCCCAACGAGCUGGACUUCUAGCACAGGCUUUCCAAAAGCUAACAAAUUUCAUACCAAAGCAGAUUGAAGUAUGACUUUCUUUUUACAACUGCUUUUGCCUGUACCUGUAUCACUACUGCCGUGCCAAGAACUGGCGGCUACAGAUACUACUUCUCAACUAUGCGCCAACUGGUACCUAGGGUUAGCUCUCAGAAAUGAUCCAAUGAUCUUUGCGCCAAUGACUGACCCUUUCCAAUCACUUUACCAUCUACUCCUUCUAUAAACUAAUAUAAGAGUGUUUAGAUCACUAUUUUAGUGAUCUGAACGCUCUUAUAUUAGUUUACGGAGGGAGUACUUCUAGCCUGCGGCAGUUCUCCUCAAAAUCUGCCUCAGCAAGUGCAAGCACCUUGGAAAUAGAUACUCCGCAGCGGUAAGAACCUCAACUUGAUUGUCUGCACUAAUCCAAUUUUCAUGAUUUGGUUACUGUGUUGCCUUGGGUGCCUGACUCCAAUAUGGAUGAUAAUUGGAAGAAUAUCCAUUUUUUCUUCAGAGAAGUGGUUUCUGUACAGGAGAAAUUGUAUUACUUGUUCCCUUCCGAUAUGCCGGCCAAACAUCUGACAAUCUGCAUAACUGUUGGUACUCCGUGGCAAUCAUAUCGGCGUGCAGCUCCCUCUCUAAAUGUUCUACAACAUUGUUGAUCUCUUCAAGGCUAUGACAUGGGACAAUAGGAUAUUGAUGGUGCUUGCAGCAACCUGUAAAUGCUUUGCAGGAUUAGAAGAGGACAAUAAGAAAAGAUGGUGAUGAGAUUGCACCUUUUUAUUGUUCACGUUGUCAUCAUGAGCAUCUAUGGACUUGAUUGACCUAUUUUUCGAUAGAUCGAGCAUUUAACGACCAUGGUACGAUCUGCGGAUGAGCUCUGAGAGUCACUCCAAGGUGUUGUAGUUGGUGAUCUGCCCCCCUUUGGGCUCUUCCACCGUACUUCCAGUCUUGAUUAGCAUAUGACGAAACAUCCCUAGCUUGGCUUGGGUGCCUGACGAAACAUCUCUGCUAAUCAUGUCACCGAUGACUGGGGAGAUAACAGACACAGCCAUGGUAAAAAUUUCCAGAUGGAAGAUCUAAUUCUAGUGCACGGUAAUUUAUUCUCAAAAAUCCUUUUGGAGAAUUAUAGGAUCUCCCUGUUCAGUGUUCACCAUUUUAAUGAGAUUAGGUGUUGGUUGAAAUAAGAGGUCAGGUGAAGGACAAGUCAGUGAGAGGACAGGGAUAGCAGAGAGUUGCCUGAUACUCUACAUAUAACACAUAUCAGCCUGAGUAACUAUUGCUGAAGACCAAAGACUUCUGUUGGUAUAAUAUAAACUUGGAAGACCAAAGAUUCCAUGUGGAACGGAAAGAGUUGAAAUGUCAGAUAUACUAGGAACCAUCGAUUUGAGAAAGAUGCGUUAGGACAUCAGAAUGUCAUAGAAACUCGCACCUGGCUCAAAGUUAUGGAAAUCAUCUUAUUUCAUUUCCUAGUAUUUAAUAUUUUAUCUAGUUAAAUCGAUUAGCCUUG